AUGGAGGCACACAGUGAAGAUAGUAAUAACAAAGCAGAGUCUGCAGUUGCACCAUCAACUUCAUGGUUCCAGAACUUCUGGAAGAAACUCACAAAGCCAGAGAUGUUGAAGCUUAUCCAAGCCGUCAGUGGUGGAGUGAUUGCCACGUACUAUGAGUGCCAUUUGAUAUCAUUGAUCGGUGCUCACUGGGGUCCAGAGGCAUUCGAUGGUUUGCUGGCCUUCUUCAGACCAUUCUACCAGAGCAGGUGGUUCGAGCCAUUGCUUGUUGGUGCCGUCCUCACUCAUCUCACUGUCAGUGGCGCAGAGUUCAUUCGUGUGAUCAAGAACAAGGAGGAGCUGUACGACAAGGUGGAGCCCAAGUCCAAGAUGCCCUCGCCAUGGGGUCUGAACCAGAUCUCCAGUCAUCUGAUGGCUGGCGGCAUCUUUGUGCACACGUCGGCCACCCGUCUCCCACGUCUGUGGCUGCCAACCUAUGCGGCCAACUUCCGUCUGGUGCACAGCACACUCGUGGACUUCCCCUACAUCUUCUAUCCAUACUACACGAUGCUCUCAUCGAUGAUGUUCUACCACUUUAUCUACUCGAACUACCUCAUUUCACGUCGCUACCUACUGGGUCGCAACGAUCACAAGACCCACUCACUGCGCAACAAAACCUUGUGGUACUCAAUCAUGGCCAGUGGAGUCGGCAUGUCCGUUUCAAUUGUUAUGGCCUUUGGAGGACAUUAUUACAGAGUACGCAACUAA